GGCUCAGCCAUCACUAGAUCCCUUCCCCAUUCCCCACCACCAGAUCCCCCUGCAUCACCUCCUGCUGCUCCACGCUCACAUCAUCACACACCCCACUCGCGUCAUCUAUCCGUCAACCUCCCUCCUCUACACACCCACUCGUGUCCCCGCCUAUCCCCUCCCCAGUGGGUGUAUCUAACGGGUGUAUGGCUUUACAUCCAGUGCCGGCCACAGGCACUGUGAUUCUGUGAGCUAGAGAUCCUUCCCUGCACACCGACUGCACUCUCUAGGGGAACAAUGUUUCAAAUUAAGAAGAUCUGCUGCAUUGGCGCUGGGUAUGUUGGGGGGCCGACGUGCAGCGUCAUUGCUCACAUGUGUCCUGACAUCAAGGUGACUGUGGUGGAUGUUAAUGAAGCUCGGAUAAAUGCAUGGAACUCAGACACGCUCCCUAUCUAUGAGCCGGGUUUGAAAGAAGUGGUUGAGUCCUGUCGUGGAAAAAACUUGUUCUACUCCACGGAUAUUGAUGGAGCAAUACAAGAGGCUGACCUCGUCUUCAUUUCGGUUAACACCCCAACAAAGACCUACGGCAUGGGCAAAGGCCGGGCUGCAGAUCUGAAAUACAUUGAAGCUUGUGCCCGGCGAAUCGUUCAAAACUCAAAUGGUUACAAAAUUGUGACAGAAAAGAGCACGGUGCCAGUGCGAGCCGCGGAGAGCAUUCGGCGGAUAUUUGAUGCCAACACAAAACCGGAUCUCAAUCUCCAGGUGCUGUCUAACCCAGAGUUCCUGGCAGAAGGUACAGCAAUUAAAGAUCUUAAGAAUCCCGACCGCGUGCUGAUUGGUGGAGAUGAGACCCCGGAGGGGCAAAAGGCUGUGCGUGCUCUCUGUGCUGUAUAUGAGAACUGGGUCCCCUCGGAAAAAAUUAUAACCACUAACACUUGGUCAUCUGAGCUGUCUAAGCUGGCUGCCAACGCGUUUCUCGCUCAGAGGAUCAGCAGCAUUAACUCUAUCAGUGCUUUGUGUGAGGCGACGGGCGCAGAUGUAGAAGAAGUCGCCAGGGCCAUCGGAAUGGACCAAAGAAUUGGAAACAAAUUCCUUAAAGCCAGCGUCGGUUUUGGUGGGAGCUGCUUCCAGAAAGAUGUAUUAAAUCUGGUUUAUUUGUGUGAAGUUUUAAACCUACAUGAAGUAGCAACAUACUGGCAACAGGUUAUAGACAUGAAUGAGUACCAGAGAAGACGCUUUACCUCCAGGAUCAUUGAUUGUCUUUUCAAUACGGUGGCUGACAAAAAAAUUGCUGUCCUGGGAUUUGCAUUCAAGAAAGACACCGGAGACACGCGAGAGUCCUCCAGUAUCUAUAUUAGUAAAUACCUCAUGGAUGAAGGCGCCAAGCUUCACAUCUUCGACCCCAAAGUCCCAAGAGAACAAAUAAUCAUAGACUUGUCCCAUCCUGGAGUGGCUGCUGAUGACAGGGUGGAUAAGUUGGUGCACAUAUCCACAGACCCGUACGAAGCCUGUGAGAGCGCUCAUGCUAUGGUUAUCUGCACGGAGUGGGACAUGUUUAAGGAGCUGGAUUUCAAUCGUAUCCACGCCAAGAUGCUAAAGCCAGCAUUUAUAUUCGAUGGGAGGAGAGUUCUAGACGACCUCCAUGGGGAGCUACAGAACAUUGGGUUCCAGGUUGAGACGAUUGGGAAAAAGGUGGCUACCAAGAGAAUCCCAUUCACACCGACGGCCGAUAUACCCAAGUUUAGCCUUACAGAUCUACCUCACAAGAAAGCCAGAGUAUAAACUGUGCGGAGAGCAAUUUAUAUUACAAGGAUAUGGACAUGUCUAGUAUGUAGGGUUCUUAUAGGUACAUUGCAUGGUUAAUAAUCCAUUACUAUCAAUAGAUAAUUUAUUUGUAAAUAAUUCAUCUUUCCCACUGCACAGUCUGGGAUAUAGCUUCCAAAACCCCCCACAAUUAUGGAGACCAAACAGACAUAUUUUGUAAUAGAACUAGCGAAUGUUAUUCUUUUUAUUUUUUAUACCCAUAUAUAACUAGAUAUGUAUUGAAAAAGGGUAUCGCAGUCACAACAUAAUACUCUUGCUUUACAUAACAGGACUGGAAACUUUGUAGCCUUUUGUAUUUAAAUAUUUAAAAGGAACAUUUUGGAUCAGAUCUAUUUUUGGAACGUUUUGUAUUUUUAUAAUCCUGUAUCGAGCAUCUUCACUAAUGCACCUACUGUAUUAAAGGGGUUUUGGCGAAUGGGAAAACUUCAACUAUUUUUUUAAAAUGAGAUUUGUAAUCUGAUUAUUCGGCUCUUGGAAAUAUAUGCAGAUGCAUUACCAGUUAGUCCUGGGACAGGUUCCGGGCCCUGGCUAGCAUUCUGGAAGAGAGAACACAUGCAACAGAACCUGUUCUUUCUUGGCUGUAACACAGUCAGUCUAGGUUCCCUUCUGCAGAUUAAAGAUGAAUAAGGAAACCAUAUUAGCUUUACAUAGGUUAAAGUCUUAUUGGGCCCUUCUUUACUCUGAACAGAUAGGAACAGUAUACUCUGCACUUGUUACAUGUUCCAGAGCAGUAUGGGCAAAACUGAUUAAGACCAGCGAGAAUAUACAUGCACCCAUUCCCCAUCUGCUGGUCACCAUAUUACUGUAUCUGUUGCUUAUGUACAGUACAUGCAGAGAUUUUGAGGGUUGAACCAACGUUUAUCCUAAAAGUUCAUUUUGUGCCUCGGUGAUGUCACUAGUCCCUAGUGAAUCGAUGUUCACUCAUAUACUGCUAAUUCAUUCAACCCACAAUAUGACUGGCGCCACUGUGCACAAGUAUCAGACAGGCUUAGCCAUGUCCCAGUAUGGUUCUUAUGGAUACAAGGAAUCUUUGGCCCUCAUUCCGAGUUGUUCGCUCGUUAUUUUUCAUCGCAUCGCAGCGAUUUUCCGCAAACUGCGCAUGCGCCAAGUAAAUUUGCUAAAAAGUUUGGUAUUUUACUCACGGCAUUACGAGGUUUUUUCUUCGUUCUGGUGAUCGUAGUGUGAUUGACAGGAAGUGGGUGUUUCUGGGCGGAAACUGGCUGUUUUAUGGGAGUGUGUAAAAAAACGCUGCCGUUUCUGGGAAAAACGCGGGAGUGGCUGGAGAAACGGGGGAGUGUCUGGGCGAACGCUGGGUGUGUUUGUGACGUCAAACCAGGAACAAAACUGACUGAACUGAUCGCAGUGGCAGAGUAAGUGUCGAGCUACUCAGAAACUGCUUAGAAAUUUCUAUUCGCAAUUUUGAGAAUCUUUCGUUUGCAAUUCUGCUAAGCUAAGGUUCACUCCCAGUAGGCGGCGGCUUAGCGUGUGCAAUGCUGCUAAAAGCAGCUUGCGAGCGAACAACUCGGAAUGAGGGCCUUUGUCUUUUGUUGACCACACUAACCCGUAACCAGGCAAAGUACAUCUCCCCCUAGGAACAUAAAAUGGACUGAUUCAUUUCGGUGUUGGAUGUUGAAGGUUUCUAUUUGGAGAAGUCCUUGGGGGAAGCCAGUCUUCCGUAGCACCAGAAUCUUCUACUGGUGCAGAUAUUUCUAGAAGGGAGUCACUGAAGCAUUAAUACAAUCUUCAUUAAUGGUAUAUUCAUCAAUGUAAUAUGUGAAAUAAACAAUUUGCAGCA